GACCACACGCUGGUUCCAAUGGAAAAAUAGAGAAGCACAUUAAAGAGUCCAAGGCGAAACAGCUCGGAAAAAAUGAAACUACUCUCCAAUCCUCUUCUCUCCAUACGGUCAUCACAUUCAACAGUAUUUUUGCUUUAUUUUUGGAGGCGUGCUGUCGAUGUUGAAUCGUCACACUGCAUGAUCCCUGUUUGAGUUUGGAGAAAUCAUGGAACAUUCACUGAACGUGUCGCAGUCAGGGAGCAGUAAAGGAAAGUGGUCCGGGAAUCCCGCACAGAGGCAGGCGAGAAGCGGAUCGUACAGUCCUGGAUCAGGGAGUGGGUCGGACAGCGGUGUCCAGUCUCAAACCCAGAGGAGACACUUGGAGGGGAUUUUGAACAAAUACACCAAUUUACUACAAGGCUGGCAGAACAGGUACUUUGUGUUAGACCCUGAGCUUGGCCAGCUGCAGUAUUUCAUCAAUGAACACAGUAAGAACCUAAAGCCACGAGGGUCCCUUCCCCUCAUCGGUUCCUCGGUGGCCCCAAGCGACGAAUUUCCCUUCAUGUUCACAGUCUAUGCUGCCAAUGGAGAUCAUUUCAAACUGAGAGCUUGUGAUGCCCGCGAGCAGCAGAUGUGGAUGACCCAGCUUCAGCUCUGUGCCCGCCGCCACUCAGACAGCAGCGCCAAGGGUUGUUCAUCCUCUUCCUCCUGCUACAACACCUCCUCUUCCUCUUCCACCGGCCGGACCCACAGCUUCUCCCUGCAUCCGCACCCCGUCCCGCAGUGCUCCGCUCAAAGACAGACCCCCCAGCACGGGACUCCUGCCACUGUCAUCACCCAUCACAAGUCCCCCACCGCCGGCCACCGAGCUUGUAGUCAGCACCCUGCAGGACUGCAUCAGGUCAAAGAGGUCAUGUCCCAGGCGGAGGGUCAGCAGAAGAACUUGGUGAACUCCAUCGAGUCCCUGCCGAGCCGCGGACCGCUGUCCUCGCUGGACCAGGAUCUGCUACUGCUGAAGGCCACGUCCGCCGCUACGCUUAGCUGUUUGGGAGAAUGCCUGAGUAUUCUUCAGCACAAUGUGUGCCAGGCUGCUCAGCACAUCACCCACGGCCACACACAGGGAUCUAAUACAGAUAACAUCUCCGGUUGGUCGAAGCCCAAAUCUGCUUCAGAUGAUUAUGUGAAGAACGGAGAACUGACAGGUCACAACACUUCUCCUAGACAUCAGCCACACUCCCCGGUGCACAGGAAUAAAGAACGAUUUAAAGAUACUGAGAACUCCAGUCCAGACUCAGUGGACUCCAGCGAGGAGGUCACAGACUCAGAAGACAAUGAAGAGGAAGACCUUGGAGUAUUGGAUGACCAGAGGAGCAUCAUACUACAUCUGUUAUCUCAGCUUAAACUCGGCAUGGACCUCACACGGGUGGUUUUGCCAACAUUUAUUUUAGAGAAGCGCUCGCUUUUGGAGAUGUACGCCAACUUCAUGGCCCAUCCGGACAUGUUCUUGGCCAUCACAUCCGGAACCACGGCCGAGGAGCGCAUCAUCCGAUUUGUGGAAUACUACCUGACCGCCUUUCACGAAGGUCGCAAGGGUGCUGUGGCCAAGAAGCCUUACAAUCCCAUUCUGGGGGAGAACUUCCACUGCAUAUGGGACGUACCGCGAGACAAAGUGCGACCCCUCAGGACUACAGGCUCAAGCCCGGCCCCUGCGGUCGCCCCCUCUGUCCAAACUUCCUCCACAGAGGGUGUUGGAUCUUACCGGCUACAUUUUGUGGCCGAGCAGGUGUCCCACCACCCUCCCGUCUCUGGGUUCUACUGUGAGUGUAAGGAACGCCGGAUAUGUGUUAACACCCAUGUCUGGACUAAAAGCAAGUUUAUGGGAAUGUCUAUUGGAGUGUCAAUGGUGGGAGAAGGAGUGUUACAUCUCUUGGAUCACGAUGAGGAGUACGUGUUCACCCUGCCCUCCGCAUACGCCCGCUCCAUCCUCACAGUGCCCUGGGUGGAAUUGGGUGGAAAAGUUUCCAUCGCCUGCGCUAAAAGCGGAUACUCUGCCACUGUCACAUUCCACACUAAACCCUUCUAUGGAGGGAAAGUUCACAGGGUUACAGCCGAGGUAAAGCACAACCCCACCGGCACCAUCGUAUGCAAGGCGCAGGGGGAGUGGAAUGGAACUUUAGAGUUCACCUAUAGCAGCGGAGACACCAAAGUGAUUGACACAUCCAAACUGCCAGUCAUUAGGAAAAAGAUACGCCCACUUGAGAAACAGGGCCAGUAUGAGUCAAGGCGGCUCUGGCAGCAUGUCACUGUAGCACUGAAGGCGGGAGACAUGGAUACUGCCACUGAACACAAACACCAGCUGGAGGAGAAACAGAGGAGGGAAGGGAAGCAGAGAACGGCCAGCAAUGUUCCCUGGAAACCAAAGUACUUCAUCAAAGAGGGGGAGGGAUGGGUGUACCACAAACCUUUAUGGAAGACGAAGUGAUAAGCUAAACUGGAUACACAUGACGUCGGUCCCUCACAGACCUUCGUAUAAAAGUGCCCAUGUGAGACGGGCUGACCUACCUAUGGGACUUGAGGAGCUGGGAAGGGAUCCAUUACGUUACGGAAUGCGGACAGGUGCCAAAAACAAUACAUGGACUUGAGGGUGGUUAAAAUACCUCAAGAGCCACUUUGGAUGUGGAGGCCCAAACUGACAUUGUGCAAUAUCUUUAUAUUUGUAUAUUACUUCUAGUAUACUGGUAAUCAAUUACUAAGUGAUUAUUCACACGGGAGAAAGACAUAGUGUCUGUAUCAGCAAAUUAGAAAUGAGUUUUAGGACACAGAGGCAGAUACCUGCAGAUAGCAAUGUUGUGUAAAAGAGAUCAAUGAGCACAGAUUUGAGGUGUUAUAAAGUUACAUCACUUCUCAUGUUCUUAUGAUUUGAAUAGUUGUUGAGAUCUUUACCUUCUGUGAUUUCUGAAGGCCUUGUAUGAUCAGUUCACCAGGCCAAAAAAGAAAACAGAAAUGCAUUUGCAGCGUGUGGACAUCUGUCUGGACGUGCACCUGUACUCAGCUUGGGUUUGGAUGAGAUUACCAACCUGGUUAUUUUCCACAAGAGUUUUCUUCAUUGAAUAUGGAUUGUCACUGAUCUACAGACACAUUUCAGUCGCUUAUUUAAACUUCUAUUAAAUGCGAGUUCAUUUAAGCAGAUGAGAAAUGUGACCUUUUGACAGAACUGGGAUUUUUUUAUUCUUUACCCAUUACACUUAUUUUAGCUGUAUCAUUCUGUAUAUCAACAUGAAUUAUUAACCCUUGCUUUUAUUCCAGGAUCAUUGUACACCCCAGCAAAAACUGUAACACUAUAUUUGUGUAAGAUUAAAUGCUAUUCUUAUGCCUGGUGCUA